UUACCCGCUCCCCGGGGGGCCUCGAGUUGAGCAUCUGCAGACAGCAACUGACCACGGUCUCCCUGGGGCUGAGAGCAGGCACUCGUCUUUACAGCGCCCAACGACGCCUCCAACUCCCUCGCCAUCCACACACGCGGUUCACGACCGCCCCUUAACCCGGGACUGACCCGGUUCCCUUCUAGACAGAGCCUACGUCCCGGGUCACGGGUCGUCCUCUGGAGGUGCGGCCGCGCCCUGCGCCUCUCAAACCGGCUCAGGAGGACCUCGGAGCGGCGGCGCGGGGCAGGGCCUGCUGGGGGGGAGCGCGGCGGCGGCCUCUCGGCGAGGGCUUUGCCAAGGUCACGGCCGCUCCUGGCGCGCCCGUGGGAGGCUCGGCGGCUCGGGAGGAGGACCGGCGAGUCCCGCGGGGCGCUGGCAGGGACGGCCCCCCACCGGCACGGCGCCCCGCCGCUUCCUCCGGGAGGUCCAGCCAGGGCUCGCGCGCCUCCAGGCCCCCGGGUACCUGCUGGCCAGCGGUCCGCGGAGAAGAGACAAGGCUCCACUGCCCUGAUCUAGCUGUGGCCACUGGAAGGUUCUCAGGCCGGGAGCAUCAUGUCCACCUUUGAAGACGCCGAUACGGAAGAGACCGUCACAUGUCUCCAGAUGACGGUUUAUCAUCCGGGACAGCUGCAAAGUGGAAUAUUUAAGUCAAUCAGGUUUUGCAUCAAAGAGAAAUUUCCUUCCAUCGAGGUGGUGAAAUUUGGACGGAAUUCCAACAUCUGUCGGUAUACUUUUCAGGACAAGCAGGUUUCCCGGGUUCAGUUUGUUUUGCAGCCGUUUAAACAGUUCAACAGCUCAGUCCUCUCGUUUGAAAUUAAAAACAUGAGUAAGAAGACCAGCUUGAUGGUGGACAAUCAGGAGCUCGGCUACCUCAAUAAGGUGGACCUGCCUUACAGGUGCAUGCUCAGGUUCGGCGAGUAUCAGUUCCUGCUGGAGAAGGAGGAUGGAGAGUCAGUGGAAUCCUUUGAGACUCAAUUCAUCUUGUCCCCGAGACCACUCCUGCAAGAAAAUAACUGGCCAGCGCAGAGUCCCGUCCUCGAGGAUGGGGGGUAUUCCUCCUACUUCACCCAUCGAACGUCUCCUACAGAAAUGGAUGAAAACGAAUCGUGAACAGUAUGCAAGGAGAGGAACACGAAGGAUGAGGGCACCUGGCUAGGCACUUGCGAGCCGUUCUGCUUCUUUGGAGUUUGGGAGUGUAGUGUGCUGACUUUGGGUUUGGUAAUAGCAUCUGGGUAUCUGUAGACCGUGUUAGUCAUCAGCUUAGUCAGCUGAUUUCAUUCUGGACCUACAAAGAAUUAAGUGCACACCUGUGAGGGUCGGUGUAGAAAGCCCAUCUUCUGUGUAACGGGGUUCCCUUUUUUCUGCUUGAUGUCACUCCUGUACUUAAGUUUUGGUAGCAGCCGUCUCUUGGCUUGGUCAGAUCAUUCCCCAGCAGCCUUUGUUUUUCAAGUUCAGAGCUGGGGCGGGUUGUUCGCUGGUGUCUGUGACACGCUAGUACCUGUAGAACCAUAGUCCUGGGAUGAGUUCCAGACUACUAUUUGAGUCACUGUGGUUUCACUAUGGAAAGACUUGAAAAAUAACACCUUGAUUUUCUUUCUACAGAAUUAUAAUGCUCAUUCCAACCAUAGCAGUUUCGCUUUCCUGUAUGUAGGGCCUACAAUUAACAUUUAAAAACAUUGAAAUUAAAAUUAGUUUCUUACAAAACUGAAAAGGAAUUUUAUGUAUAUUACACAUUUAAAUGUUGCAGAAAUCAAAAUUUUCAGUAGCUUCUUUGCAUCUGGUACUGUCAGAGCUCAGGCCCCUAGAGCUGCUUCUUUGAAACUUCUCAAAGAAGGAAAACUUUUGUUCUUAGGCUGCUGUAUAGAAGUGCAUAUAUGUGAAUAUUUAUAAUAAAUGCUUAAAUAUUUCUAA